AUGUCUUCGCCGUCGGCGACCGCUCAAUCGCCGACGGCAGCUGAUCUGACGCCGCGUAACUCGAAGAAACCCAAAAGGGGACGAGACAUGAUGGAGAAACCGUUGCCGAGCUCUACCGAAGAAAUGGUUCAAGAAACGCCACUCUCUGCCGGACUCAAUUCCCCAGAAUCUGUUCAGUGGGGUACACCGGUAGAAACCCCGAAUCCAGCCUGGGGCAAGUCAAUCCACGCUGACCCCAUCAAUACGGAGGUAUGCUCUGACGAGGAAGCUAUGGAGGAGGACAAGAUGGACCCUAAUUGGCCAAGAAUCCCAGUUACGAAGGAGGAGAAGGAGCGGUUACGACGCCCAUGGCGGCGUUCUCUUAUCCUCAGAGUUCUUGGAAGGAAGGUUAGCUACUCUUACCUAUUGCAUAGAUUACAGAAAUUGUGGAUAUCAGAAGCCAGCUUCGACCUAAUUGCCUUGGAUCAAGAUUACUUCGUGGCGAAGUUCGAGUCCCAAAGAGACUAUGAAUUCGCAAAAUUCGAAGGCCCGUGGAUCAUCCUGGGCCAUUACCUCACUGUUCAGGAAUGGGAACCUAACUUCCAUCCCUAUAAGAACAAGUUAAGCAAACUACUGGUAUGGGCACGAUUCCCGGCUAUUCCAAUCGAGUAUUUCGAAGAAAGGUUUUUGUUGAAAAUUGGCAAGCAGAUUGGGUGCCCGGUUAAGGUGGAUACGACAACGAGCUUAGUCUCGAUUGGGAAGUUUGCCAGAGUUUGCAUUGAGGUAGACCUCUCCAAACCACUGCUGUCAAAGUUCACGCUAGAGGAUGAGGUUCUGCCUAUCGAAUACGAGGGCAUAAACAUGGUUUGCUUCACUUGCGGAAUCUAUGGCUAUAAACAGGGUCAGUGCGGUAAUAACCGGUCCGAGGAGUCAUUGAAUGAGGACAAUGCGAACUUGGACCUUGGGCAGAAUAGAGACCAUCAGGCUAGCAGCGAACAAGAAAAGAAUCGACAGAUGAAUGUGCCAACUCGCAAAUUUAAGGGGAACUUUGGAGCCUGGAUGUUAGUGGCAAGAAAAGAAAAAAGAGGGCCAAGGAGGAAUGAGACCAGCCACCCAGAUCAACCAAGAAACUAUAACACCCAGAAAACGGCCCCUGCUGAAACGGUCCCGGGGUCUAGAUUUGCUGCUCUUAAUGGCCUGAAUGAAGAUGGGGGUGGAGCUGUAGCCGAUGAAAGAGGAACACCCAGUUCAUUCCGGUAUAAGGCCGCAACACUCCCAAGAAUUAGAACCAACCAAGCGAACAACAGACCCAGAGAUCAAGGAAACACUACUCAAUACCCCCCAAGGAACCAGAACUAUCAGCCUGUCCGAAACAAUACCAGAGGUAGAGGGGGAAGGGGUGGGGGACCUAAGAGGGCGACAGCCGAAUCAGAACAUACAGUGAUUAGAGGACACAACUUCGGGAAACAAAUAUCAAGCAUAGUGGUUUUCCAGGAAAAAGAAGAUGUUCCGGAAUCAUCUCAUAGAGCUGAAUUUGAGUUCGCUUUCAAGGAAAACCCCGGAUACAAAUCGUCACCUUGCUGA